AUGUCUGAAACACAACUUUCCGACCAAUAUCUUUACCAGAGCUCGCUCAAGAGUGAUCCGGAUAUUAAAGUCUCCUCUGGCAAGCGCGUGCCUUUCGUUAUCGAUCUUAAUCAGGGGUCAUACCAAAACGGUGUUAUUACUAUCGAUGCAACAUCCCAGCUUAAUGGAAGUGAAGGAUUUGCUUCGCUCCGUGAUGCCUACAUUAUGCUACCAUACAAGACUAUCGUUUCUAUGGCUGACUACAAGCUGUUUUGGAGCAGUAUUCGUGCUCAGACUGGAUAUAGUCCUCCGUAUGUUGAAAAGCAUGGUGCAGAGUCUUUCCUCUUCCCUGAUGCUGCUCAGUCGUCGAGGUACAGUGCUACGGGCUCUUUUACUGGAGACGGGUAUUCGAAUAACACAGCGUUCUCCUCCUCCUUCACCGCCGGCGCUAUCUCUGCCACAGCUUCAGUAGCAAAUGAUGGUUUUCUGGGACGUGGCGCUUUCGUGGCGGGUGGCUAUGCUGCUGGCGCUAUCAUGGGAACGUGGAACUUCAUGCUAAAAAUCAAGCUUGUUGAUCUCCACCCGAUUUUCAAGGAGCUUGAUCUUAUGGCUAACCCUCAAAUCCGUCUUCGUUUCCGGGUUAAUCAGGGUACUGUAGCUAUUGAUGCUGAUACUUCUCGUUAUAUGACGCUUACAAGUACUACACUAUCGAGUGGUAAUACAUGCCCUGUAAUGAUUGCUUCGUCGGCAAGUAGUAAUCCUAUGGUUAGUGUUCUUUCAGGUUCAACAGCUGGUUCUACUGCUGUUUCAUGGGGUGCUGUCAACCCUCAGGCUAUCAUCUCGAAGCCAGUAAAGAAGGUCCGCUACAACGACCGUUAUGCACAGUGGUUUUACCAGCGCGCCGGUAUUGGCAAGCAAGGGACACAGCUUAAUGCUUCUUUCGAUCUGCAACUUUCGGCUUCUGUAAAGAAUGCGAAUUUCAGAGUCCGUUUGAUACGGUUCCUUGGACACUUCAGCCUGGUUCGAGCAUUCGCAACUUCAAUGUCCGUAUCGGUUCGACUCAAUGCUUCGACAUUAGUCAUGACUACGAUUUCCACCAAUUCACAAACGAGUUCGCUAAAAUUGCUGCGAUUAAUGGUGAUCUGACCCCUGAGCUUCUGAAUGGACUGCUUGACUAUCAGACGUGGUCUCUAACUAACCGCAUCCUUAUCGCUGACGUUAGCCGCCUGACGGAGCGUGAUGUACCUCAGGCUAUUCAGAUCCAGGGUACAAACGCUGGUUGCCAGGGAACAAACAUGCUUGUUUUGGU